AUGGCUGAAGACAGUGAAUUGUGGGACAUUGUGCUAGAUGGUCCUUUUAUACCCACAAAAGAGGUUAAUGAAGGUGAAAUCACAAGAGUUAUUCCAAAUACUCGUCAACAGUAUGAUGAAGCUGAACGAAAAAAGAUCGAGAAAAGCUACAAAGCCAAGAAGUUACUAGUGUGUGGGAUUGGUGCUGAAGAAUAUAAUUGUAUCUCCGCCUGUGAAUCCGCCAAUGAGAUUUGGGAUUGUCUCCGGACGACUCAUGAAGAGGGAGAAACUAUUCAUGAAAUGAGUACCAGAUUUGCUUCUAUCACAAAUGAGUUACGAUCGUUGGGAGAACCUGUUCACACAAGCAAACAGGUUAGGAAGAUUCUUCGAGUUCUUCCUAAAUCCUGGUCAAGCAAGGUUGAUGCUAUCACUGAGGUGAAGGACUUGAAGGUACUCACAAUGGAUUCUCUAAUCGGAAGUCUUCAAACUCAUGAAAUGAAUAGAAAUCAAGAGGAAUCAAAGAAGGAAGUGAAGAAGGAUAAAUAUCUAUCCCUCAAGGUGGCAUCAAGAAACACAUCCAACGAAGAAUAA